GCAGCCAUGGCGGGCGCGGCCCCGGGCUGGGCGCCCACCCACGUGCGGGUGACGGUGCUGCGGGCUCGGGGGCUGCGCGCCAAGGCGGCGGCGGGCGGCAGCGACGCGUACGCGGUGAUGGCGCUGGGCCGCGACAAGUUCCGCACGUCGGUGGCCGAGCGGUGCCGGGGCGAGCCGCUGUGGCGGGAGGAGGCCACGUUCGAGCUGCCGGCGCGGCCCGCCGCCCUGCGCCUCACGGUGCUGCACCGCGCCCUGGCCGGCGCCGACAAGUUCCUGGGCCGCGCCGAGGUGGAGCUGGCCGCGCUGAGGGACGACGGCGGCCGGCGGCACACCAGGUGGUACAAGCUUCACUCCAAACCAGGGAAGAAGGAAAAGGAGAGAGGGGAGAUCGAGGUGGACAUCCAGUUCAUGAGGAGCAACAUGACAGCCAGCAUGUUUGAUCUGUCCAUGAAGGACAAGCCCCGCUCUCCCUUUGGGAAGCUCAAAGACAAGCUCAAGGGCAAGAGGAGCAGUGGCCUCUCAGACACAGCAUCUGCGAUCGUCCCCAGCACCUCCCACUCCCCUGCUGACAGUGAGGAUGAGGCAGUGGAGAAGGAAAAGAAGAAAUCCAAGUUCAAAGCGCUGUUCUCCAAGCCUGGCCUGCAGAAGACAUCCUUGUCCCAGUCCAUGUCAGUGCUGCCCACUCAGCAGCCCCUCACCCAGAGGGUUCGGCUGCGGCCCAGCGACUUCCAGGCGCAGUGGGAUGAGGAGGAGUCCGAGACCUCUCCUGCCUCAGAACGAUCCUUUGAAAGUGUGCCAGAACAGAAGCCAGCUCCUUCUCCUCUGUUCAAAUCUCGUAAACCAGCCUUUUUGGACAGUAGGCAGCUAACCCAGGGCACCACUAACCACACCAAAAAGGAUGGGCUGUCUUUGUUCAGUGGCCUUAAAUCCAAAAACGAUCCCGUGUCCAAGUCUAGUCUGUGCAUCAAUGGCAGUCACGUUUAUAUAGAAGAGACCACAACAAAGGACAAGACUCCAGCCUCCUCCCCCUCUCCUCACAACCUCAGGAGGAAGCAGCUCUUUGCUUCAGAGGACAACCUGUUCUCUAGGUCCACUAAAUCACCUGAAGAGAUGGGGAGAACCUCUCCUGGGCAGGCAUUCUCUGGGUCCACAUCCUUGGAGACCUUCAAGUCCAUGACUUUGCCAUCAUACAAAAUGCUCAGUAGUGAGGAGCACCUGGACACCAGCGUUCCACCAAGCGUCGAGGUUGUUAGAGAGACCAAAAAACCAGACCACAAAAAGUCUGCCUUGCUCUCCCUGGUCACUGGGAAGAAGGAAACGGUGAAGCCCAGCGAUGCUGAGAUUAUUCCCGACAGGACCCUGCAGAGUGAGGAAAAUAAAAUUCCAGAAGAGAAGAGUGAAGAGGAGGCCAAAUGCCCUGAGGCCCCAGCAGAUGUGGGCAGAAGGAGCCCCUCAGGAGAUGCUCACCACACAGAGGAGGCCGUCACAACCAAGCAGCUGCUCAGCCCUUGUGAGGAGGAACAGAAACCUGAGAAAGCUGCACCGGCCAAGACUAAAGCUGUGAAACCCAGACUGGGCCUGUCUCCAGAGGAGGAACCCAAAGCCACGCUUCCUACUCUUGCACCUGACCCCCUCCCUGCUUUUCUCUCUGUGCACCGUAUCAGCAGUGCCAAUAAUCCUUUUAUUUCUGAAGUGGGGCAGACAGUCCAAGUGCCAGACUCUGAAAACAUCACUAGUUCUCCUGCCUCUCUCACUUCUCCUGCUUUUGCUGCAGAGCUCUGGAAUGACAAGAACCCCUUUACUCCUGAGUGGGACAGGGCAUGCAGAGCCCUGGAUCCCGACAGCAUCGCCCGUUUCCCUUCAUCCCAUCAUCCUGCAGCCUCUGUUCCCAAAGUGCCUCUUCCUGGGCAGGUGUCUGCCAGGGGCAAGAAUCCUUUUGCUGCUGACUGGGAGCAGGGUCCUGAGGGCUCUGAGGCUUCCCAGGGUCUCUCUGGCCCACGCACACCUUCUGUCCCCUCUGACUGUCCUUUCAAUGCCAACAAUCCCUUCGUGUCCAAGCGUGGGGCACAGGCAGUGCCAGGUUCCCAGGAUUGUUCCUCCCCUUCCUGCCUUCCUGUUGGGGAGGACUGUUCUUCUGCAGGACACCUUGCUUGUGGUGCUUCAGGGGGCUCUGCAGAUGUGGCUUUAACCAGUGAUGUCACAGCUGUGCCAGACCCUCUGGGCACCUUGUCUGGCCCCUCUGGGCUGGCUCCAGAGCCACACUGGGAUUCUGCCCAGCUUCAGCCUGAGGGGUCUUUGGAAAGCAGCAAGCCAGGCCGUGGGAAAUCUGUGUCCUUUGUCCUUGGGGAAUGGCAGGGUGUUCCAUCAGGUGAUGUGGGUUUGGGUGGGCAGGAAGGUGGAGAGCAGCCCCUGGAUUCCAGUGGGAGGUUACAGAUGCGAGCAGGGUUUGGGGGUGAGCUGGGAGCAGGGGGUGACCCAUCGAAAAAGCUCUCUCAUCCCACCUGGAACAGUGAUGGAACAGCUGUGGAGGUCACUGGUGGGAGCACUGAGGCCUGCACGAGGGGUGACAAAGGUUUUGUGUCUCUCUCCAAGUGCAGUGACAGCCUCGUGCCAGGGGCUGACCAGGCACAAUCCCCCGAGAGCGAGCUCAGGGAGGAGCAGGAGACCUGUGGUGGAAAGCAGUGGGCAGAAUGUGUGCCCACGUUAGAGCCCCAGGCACCUCCACCUGCUGGAAAUGAGCCACUGUCUCAAGUCCCAGCAACACCGAGAGCCUGCACGGUGUCCCCUGGGGAAGGGGAUCCAGGGAGGGCCGGCAGUGGGGUCCUUGUGCCCCCAAAGCCAGCCCCACGACUGGCUGUGCUGCUGAGGAAAUCCCCAGCCACUCCCCAGGCUGAGCUGAGGGGUGAUGUUCCUGCUUCAGGGGAUGGUGUAAAAUCCACACCAGGGCUCCCGUUCCCUGAGCCCUCAGCUGCUCGUGGGUGCCUCCCUCAGGGGGGCUCCUUGGAGACUGUCACCCCUGCAGUGGCACCCAGAGGUAAGAGCAGGAGCAGGCCUUCAGGAAAGGAAGGUGGUGAUGAUUUGUCUGUCAGUCUCACAAAUGUCAGGUCUGCAGUUCCUGUUCCCGGGGACUGGGGCUCGGCACUGGCCGGUCUUCCCGUGAUCCCGGAGGGAGGCUCUGAUGACGAGCUGCUGGGGGACUGCCAGGACAGCUGUGGGGCCACUGCAGGUGACAAAGGUGUUCUAGGGAAUGGAGAGCAGCCCCGAGGUUUGACACCUUUGCGUGGAGAGCAGCCAGAGCUCUGUGAUAGCUCUGCUGCAGCCCCUGUGAUGCCGGCUGCUCCGGGAGGAGGAGCAGGAGCCAUUCCUGGUGCUUGUGAGCCAGGGAGCUUGGCUGUGCUGCCUGCUGCAGUGGGUGCUCCCAGGGUCUGUGUCCAGGGAGGUGACUCAGGCUUAGGUGUGACGUCUCAUUCCAGGGAGUGUGACAGUCAUUUUGAGAAACAAGAGCUGGAAAGGAGUGCAGGAGCUGAGGAGCGUGCAGAGUGUGACUUCUCUGAGCCUUCUGCUUUCUCUUCCUCCCUAUCAAGUCCUUGCCAGCCCCACUCUUCCUCUCAUUCCCUUCUCUCUGACACCCCGAGUCGUAGAGCAGAGUCUCCGAAAAAGCCAAGAGCCGAGGGCUUCGCAGAUAAAGCGGGAAAUUCGGGCAAGAAGAAACUUCUCCAGGCACGGGUUUCACCCUCUGAAACGUUCCCUAACCAAACCCCACGGGGUGCUGAAACCGUGUCUCCCAAGCACAGACUCCAUCCUGUGAAGCCAAUGAAUGCCAUGGCAAACAAGCCUCAGAGCAAGAACCUGAAUGUCAUCAGCACCAUGAAUGAAAAGCUGCUGGAAAUGAGUGUGAAGAAAUACGAUCCCUCAGACCCUGCCUAUGCCUAUGCUCAGCUGACACACGAUGAGCUGAUCCAGCUGGUGCUGAAACAGAAGGAUACCAUCAGCAGGAAGGAGCUCCAGGUGCGGGAGCUCGAGGACUACAUCGACAACCUGCUGGUCAGAGUCAUGGAAGAAACCCCAAACAUCCUCCGAGUUUCCAUGGCUGGCAACAAAAAAGCUGGGAAGAUGUGAAGGGUCUGGGGGUGUCGGUGGGCAAGGACUGAACCCCCCCCAGGGGAGGGUGAGGAGCUGGUGCUGCUGGUUGUGCUGCUCACAGAAAAUGACCUUUUGCUGUUUCUGCCUUGAGCAACCCUCAGAUUGAUUAAUAGUUCCAUCAGGUGUUGUAAUGAAGUCACCUUAUUUAUUUCUUUUGUUUUUAUUUUUUGGUUUCUUCCCAUUAUUUGGGAAGGUCAGGCAUUAAUCCCAAGGCUGGUUGUGAUGGGAAGGAGGAGGGUUUUUGAUGUGUUUUGCUUCCCAGCAAGGCACUGAUGAUCCUUUAGGAAGAUUUUUUUUUUAAUGGUUUUGUUUUGUAGCAGCUUUUAGAGAUCAGUUACUUUCCUUUCCACAUCUGAAGUUGUAGUGCAAUAUAAAUCCUUGUACAGUAGAGCUUGAGGAUUUGAUUGUUUUUAAAAUAAUAAUUAACUACACUGGAGAAGUCCAAAGAUGGCCCAGCUUCAGACUUGGGCUGUAAUUUAAAAGGAAUUAAUGCCCUGAAAGUUGACCAUAAGCUGGCCAAAUCUCAGUUCAUCUCAUCAAGUGGACAUUCCCAAGAGUCCUUCAAGGGAAGGUUUUCAGGUUUUUUGGAGUAGGAGACAUUGAGGUUCACGGUACGUUCCUACCAUAGGAAUGGCCUCAAUGAAUUUAGGCCAAAGGUACGUUUUAAAUCAGAAAUUGUUCUCUUGGUGUCUUAAAUUUCUGCUCUGGAGGUUGUUCAGAGCAGGCAGAGGCUCUCACACCUUGUGCCCUGUGGGAGCUCAGUGACCAUUUUUACACUGCAUUGAGGAAACAGAAAUCCUUUGGGCUUUGGAAGCCCUUCCAAGGUGAUCAGCCUUGCCCUGGGGCUGGGCUCCUGCCUGCUCUGCUCCCAGUGGGAGGAAAACCCUGUGCAGCUGAGGGAGCUGGGUGUGCUGGACAGUGCAGGGCUCCUGGGGGUCUCAGGGGUGGUCUCCAUCCCCUCAGGCUGCAGGAGCAGCCACCACAGCCUCCCCCACUGCAGACUGACCAGGGCUUUGUUUGCUGAGCCCUUGGCACACAGCAAAAACAUCAGAUGCCUUCUGGGACCCCUGGGAUUUGCCAGGGUAGGGAGGGUCCAGGAAAGGCUUAGAGGGAAGCUGGAAAACCAACAAAGCCCUGCAAAGGACCAAAACUUCAUGAGGACCAAAGCUGAAAGCUUUCCAGCCUUAAUUCUAUGGAAAUAAACACUCCUACCUUUGGAAAUGGUUGGGUUUUUGGGUCACUCCUGGCCCAGGGGUGAGUUUCUAACUCAAUUUUUCUACAGGAAAGCACUUUAUUUGGGGGGCUGGAGCAGCUGGAUGACUCUCACCCUGUGAGCAGUCUGCUGACAUUGUCACAAACCACUGGAGAUCUCAAAUGCUGCAUUUUGUAGCGAGGAACAGUUUGAUAGAUUUGCACAGAGAUGUAAACAUUUAUUACAAAAAAAAAUCAAAGAAAUGCUGUUAAUGACCUUUUUCUUCCUGUUUAUUCCUGCUACCAAAGUCUGGAGCUUCAGUGGCAGAGCUGUCCCUCAUGGGCAGCCUGACCUCAAACAAGCAUUAGGAGCUGAGAGUCUUGCAAGACUUUGGGUCCUUUUAUCUCAUUUUAGUGUUAUUUGGGCAGUGGGGGUGUUCUCUGCCCUCUGCUCUGAGUGAAGGCAGCCUCGGUGCUGGUUUCAUUCUGAGGGGUGCUGCUCAGCCUUGCUGCAGCUGCUGCUGCCUCCUGUGCCUUCUCGAGUGAGGAAGAUGAAGGAUUGAUUUGUUUCCUCCUCGUGCCUCCGUGGAUCUCUGCACACAGGAUCCUGUACCUCACUGAUAAACUUGUAUUUUAGACUUUUUCUCCUCUGGGGAAGAGUGACCUGCACAGAACCAAAGCAAUAAAUAAUAUUAUUAUUAUUCCUAAACUAAAUAAUGUUCUGCUCUUAGCAGAGAUGAAGCCUUAACACUUGGGCCAGCCUCUGGCAGCCUUUCUGAGCCAGUUCCAGCCAGGUGUGUUGGGGUGAGCCCGAGCUGAGCAGGGCUCCUUCCCCAAAAGCCUGGCCCAGCCCUCACACCUUGUUUUAAUUGGCAACACUCAUUAAAGCCUUCCUUUGGUGUGAGGGGACUGGCAUUUUACAUCCUCGAGGGCCUUAAGAAUCAAAUCUCUUGUUUAUUAUUGAAGGACCUAAUGCAUGUUUGUACUCUGCUUUUAGCCCAGGUACUGUUUGUUUUUAAACACCUUUUGGUUUUAUGGAACACUAAAAUAAA